UGAAUUGGCUUACAGAGCUCUGUGAAUAAUAAUAAGUACGAAUGAGAAAGUAAGGAAGUUAUUUCGUGCAAUGUGACAUUCUAAAGAAAAAGUCAAGAUUUUUUCCACCGAACUGAAAGAGGUACCGUCACUUUGGUUUCAACUCAACACAUUGGUGGGUGGAGAAGGGGUGCGGAGGUUGGUUCGUCAUCACUGAAUGCAAGCCUCUCGAUGACGCAGCAGAAGAACACAGUUUUGUUCAAGAUCUAGAUGUGAUCAACUUAGACUCACCGGGGGAGACAAUCCACCCAACAAACCCACAAGAUGCGAGCAAUCCAACAACCACCAACUCUGUGGAUGACGUGUACAAGAGCUGGCCACGUGUGGGGUACCACUUCCCGACCUCUGAUCUCAUGUGGGACAUACUGGACAAGGCAACCUGGGUGGACGUUCCAGCUCAGCUG